CGUAUCGAGGGCCGCGCCGCUGUGCGCACCGGGAGCUGUAGCGUUGGGCGGCGCGGACGGGCCGUGCCCGCGGGGUACCGAGUGAGCCGCAGCAGCCGCCGGACCCUCCGGAAAUCUUCUGUCUCAACUUGGAUGAAGGCAGGAAGAAAACACCCUGUGCUUUUUGCGUAGUUGCAUCGGAGUUCCCUUUCUGUGUACAACAUACACAGGACUCAUCUUUGCUGUAACCAACAUACAGAUAUUAUAAGAUGCAAACCUGCAAAGCAUCUUCUCUAGAAAGAAAGAUACCGUCAUUUUGAAUGGAUGUCCUCACAGUCUAAGAGAUUGAUUUUUGUGAAAAAAUAUUUUACCAGUUUUUGUUUCCGUAAGAGACAAAAACGACUGUCAGAGCAAGCAUUUUGAAACAAGUUUAUGCAGCUUGACAGCCCUUGGGCUUUUAUUAAUAAACAUCCCCAUACAAGCUGUACAAGUGCAUCAGAUACAGUGAGCUAAUAGUGACAUAAUUUCUUCUUGUGAUGGCACUCUUUUCUCAAACUAGUCACCGGGGGUUUCAGGCUUUGUUAUGGAAAUGUCACAUGUUCUGGCCUGUUUCAAGAUGCCUUGCUGCCUCUUUCAGCAUCCCUACUAGGGAAAAAAUUAACUAUUUCAGUUUUAUGACAUCUUCCAGCACUGCAUUACCAGUGGACCCCAAAGAAACUGGUGUCUUACCUACUGAGAAAAGGUCUGAAAUUGAUUGCAAAGAAGAAAAAGGAUGGGAUGAGGAGACUAAAGAAAUACCUGAAGGAAAACACCACUUUUCUUCCUCUGUUGGAGCUGCAAAGAAAUGGUCAAUGAGUCCAGUUGUGUCAAGGCAUAAGUUUACAAAUGUACAACCUCCAGAAAAACCUUUGCAGUCUGAGGAAUGGAACAGACUAAGGGAAAACUUCCAAUUACCUGAAAUAUUUGAAGAAUUGAUGUUGAACAGUAUGAUAAGGUGCAACAGCCCCAUUGAUGUGGCCAAGUCCUUGCUGACCCACGUGGCAAAGCGUAAUGGUGACAUUUCAUACAGUGUGUUGGUCAAAUACCUGACACUGUGUGUCCAGCAGGGACAGGUCUCAGAAAUCCGUGAUGUGUAUGAUAUAAUGAAAGUCAGAUUUAAGAUUUUAGAAAUUGGGGCUUACAACCUUUUUAUCAAGGGGCUGAGUAAUUCGGAUCAGUGGAGAAUGGCCUUGACUCUUUUGGAAGAAGCAAAAAAGAUUAUGAUUCCCUCACGGACAAGCUAUGAAUCCUGUAUCAAAGCAGCCAGCUGUCACCAAGAAAUGAAACUUGCUUUUGAGCUUUACCAUGAAAUGUUGACUAAGGAUGUGGUCCCAACUUUGGAUGUCCUGCAGUCAUUUUUUGAUUUCAGCAAGGGUAUGAAAGGUGCUGAGUUACAAAAAGAGCUGUUUGGCAUCCUCUUAUAUUUGAGAGAGAACCAAAUAUACCCUCACGAAACAUUUAUGCAGAGUAUAAAGCUCUGGUUUGAAAGUAUACCAGGAAGGAACUGGAGAGGACACCUGACCAACAUUAAAGACAGUGGACAGUGCCCAGUUUGCAACCAUCAGUUGGAGGAUAGCAACCUCACUGAAGAGGAGUAUAAUAAUCUCAGUGAAAGAAUAAUAAGGGACGUGAUACAUGGAACUGACACUUUUAGAAAGACAAGCCCACAGGAAUUUGAGGCCUUUCAAACAUUUGUGGAAAAUCGACUUCCGUUUGAUAUUGUUAUUGAUGGACUCAAUGUUUCCCACAUAAAACCCAGAAGGAUGCAUUGUGAAAAUCUGCUUGAUGCUAUUAACUGCCUGGCAAAAGACAAUGUCCGGUUGCUCGUGCUGGGCCGCAAACAUAUGAUGAUUAACUCUUCAAAUUGGAAAAGAGAGAUUAUGAAGGAGAUGCAGAAUAAGGCAGACUUCUUCUUUGCUGAAAAUAUCUCUGACGAUGAUGCCUUCUUGCUAUAUGCCACUCUCCGAUCAGGCAAGCAUUGUAAGUUCGUUACUAGAGACUUCCUCCGGGAUCACAAGGCUUGUCUUUCUGACAGUCUGACACGUCAUCUGUUCCGUAAGUGGCAGCGUGGACACCAGAUAGUGUUAUCCUCUUCUGGAGAUGGAAAGCGUAUAACUUUUUUGCCAGCUUUCCAAUAUGACUGUGUGGUGCAGACUACAGGUGAUACAUGGCAUAUCCCCUAUAAAGAUGUUUUUGAGGAAAAAUAUUCAUAUCAAGUACCAAGAAAAUGGCUCUGCAUUCAACAGAAAUGAUGAAGAAUGUAAUUGCACAAGCUGAAGCUGCUUUUAUUUUUUUUUUUUUUUGUAAUCACUGCUGACUAGCAGAACUCAGCAGGACAAUUAUGUGAUCAAUAUGUGAGGCCCGUAACUAAGGAAAAUUUAGUGACUGCAUUUUGUCAAAAUCAUUCCUGCAGUAAAUCUUUUAACAUCAGUGGUGGUCUAGCAGGGAUGAAUUAGGUCCAUUAUUUCCAUCUUUACAGGCAAUUUCUGUGGUUUGAAUUAAAACUUGAUUUUUCAUCUUGGAUUUUCAGUUUGGGGUUUUUUAUCUUUUUUUUUUAUCAAGCUUUUCAUCUACACUGAAAUUCAUAAACUCUGUGCUUCAAAGAAAUUAAGCAGGACUUACAAAGUACCUUCAAAGUUUAUGGGGCUGACCUUACAACAGUGUUGCAAAAUGUCUGCCUCUAAUAAAUGAAGCUUAGGGGGACAAAUGGUAUGUUUACCUUUUUCCAGGCACACAUUAGUCCUAAUACUUUCUCACACUAAUUAGAAUUCAUUUGAUCACAUAGAAUGCGAAAUAUUUGUUACAGCAACAUGUAUUAAUAUUUUGUUUGGAAGAAUAAGGAAACAACCAGUGCAAUAUUUUGUGGCUCUUUCAUACCUUCAAAUUUGCUGCUUCUGACAGGAUUUCACAUCACUACAAUAGUUUGCUUAUGGGAAUGCAUGGGUUUUUAAAUGAAAAUCGAUAACUAGAAAUUCUUAAAGGCAAUAAUAGGACAAAACUGAUUUUUGUAGAUACAUUUCUCUAAAACCCAUCCCAAGUUAUAAAGCAAGAAAAAUAGUAUAAAUUACAGGAAAAAUGUUCUAAGUUAUUAUUUUUAAGUGUGUGUAUGGUAAACAUGUUUGUUUAUUGCACUUAAAACUUUAAUGCAAGCCUUUUUCUCCCCAAAACAUAGAAAUGCCACAUAAAUCUCGGAUGAAAUAUCAUGAUUUUGUCACAUUUGUCUUGUAUGCCGAAAAAUCCUCUGAAACUCAGAUGAACCAUGCAGAUCUUUUUGUAUAGUACUUGUAGUUCUGAGCUCUUGCAAGCUCCCUCAGGAUUCUUAGCAUUCAAGCAUGUUCCCUGCUAUUUAUUUUUUUUCCAUGACAGAAAGCAAUUCUGACACUUGCUGUUCUUCUGGUAUCAGCUUCUAAACCAGCAGGUGUGAUUUGCAUAUGGUCAAGUCCUUCAAAUACUGUGCAGAAAGUGUAGAGGAGCUGGGUGCCUCCUAAGGUAACACAGAACCUUGGUUUUAAAUUCAUUAUUGGUAGUGUUCCUCACAGUCGCCUUUUCUUGCAGAACAUGACAGCUCCUAUGGGGUCCUCCAGGAAAAGCAGAGAGGUUGGAUCUACUUCUCUCAUUCCUCAAUACUUUUAAUUUGUCAGAAGAUUGUUUUUACAAUUCUGUAAGUCAGAGAACUGCCACAUCUUGAAAGUGGCAAAUACUGCUUUUAAACUAAGUAUCUGCUCCUGUACAGGACCACUUAGUUAGCAGCUGCUGCUCUGUACGAGGCUACCUUACUCUCUGUAUGAAGUUCCACAGCAGCAUAAGCUGGUGUGAAUCGGUGCUGUUACAGUUCUCAUUUGGUACUAGCUCUGAUGGUUGUGCAGCCUGAAGCAAUUCAGAGCUGGGUUGUCUGAAUGCAAACCCCUUACAAAAUUUGCUUCAGCGAGGUCUAAAUGGGUAUUGUUGCACUGAACUAGCACCGGUGCACAAGUACUGGUACCUGUGUGGGCGUGGGGCUGAAACGUCAGGCUGCAGAAGGUGGGUCCCAGAAACUGGACCUUCCGGUUAUCCAUUUCAUUACCAGGCAUGUUCACCUGUUGCAAUUUGUGUUCUACCUCACCUUGAUCAUUAACAGACAUGCAUAGGAUCAACAUCUAGCUGGAAUGCAUGCAUCCUCUGCUUCCUUUUGGCUGAGGACAUGUCCCCAAUCAGUCACUUGGGUUUCACCUCAAAAACUGUUCUUAUGGAAAUACUGUAAUGCCUUCUAAAUAAGAACACUAGAUACACAGUACUAAUGUACUUGGGGGACAGCGGAACCGAAUCUGGAAUUUACAACUGGAAGGUGUCACAACAUUAGUGGCAGAUUUGUGACUUUUUGUUUUUCAGUAUUUGCUUCUAAUACACUUCUCUGUAGAUCUUUGCAGGAAAUUAAUGAUCUCCUCUCUAGAACCAAAGAAGAAACAACCUACAGACUUUUUGUUUGUAUGCUACCUGUUACAUAGAUGCACAUGGUCUCCAGAGGCUCUGUUCUGACUGAGAUUAUUUAUUGGCAUGUUAUGUAAGACAUUUAUGAAAUAACAUUUCUUUUGUGUUGCUGUAA